UCUUAUGAAAGGAAACCAAAGACUGAGUCCUGUAACUUCUUUGAGUUCUGUCUCAUCUGUUUCCACAGCCUUAGUUUACUCCAUCAUCUUCACCUAAACUCUUGCUGUCAUCCUCUAACUAGUCUCCCCCACUUUCAGUCUUGGCUCCUUCCUCCCCUCUAUCUCACUGUUACUUUCUUCUCUUUUUGAAAGAAUGGUGGAAUAAAUAAAUGAAUAUUUUUGCUGUCCUUCUAACAGCAUCAAAUAUACUCAUAUAUUUGUCAUCUUAAUAACCUUUCUUUGACCUACAUUCCCUUUCAGCCUUUUUUCAUUGUUUCUUUUUACAAACAGGCAUCUCAGAAGAGCUGUCUGUUCAUACACUGAAUACUUCACAGCUCCCCUUCGUUCUCACUCAUGCACUAGUUAAUGACUGGUUCUACUCUCCUUCCCUACUAGAUUAUUACCAUCAACAUUUACAUGUACUGCUAUCUCCUGAAGAGUGAGCUUUCCACUGACUUCUGGACAGUGUCCAUAUUCCUUAGUGUUCCACAGAAGGCUCUCAUUCUGUGAGCCUUGUCUCUAGUUUUAUUACCAAAAUUUCCUUUAAGCACUAUGGUCUAGCACAAAGGGAUACAGGAAUGUGGUUGGGGAGGAUGUUCCAAGUAAGGGGAGCAGCAGCAGCAAAGGUACAGAGGCAUUAAACUACCUCACCAUUUGAGGCAAAUUUUCAUCAUAACACCUUUAGCACUUUACUUAUUUACAUGUCUUUCUCUCACACUAGAUAGUAAGUUCCUUGAGGCAGGAACUCUGUCUUAUUUAUUUUUGUAUCCCCAGAGCCCAGCAAGGUAAGCAACAGGCAGGAGACAACAAGUAAAAUUUGUUGGAUGAAUGAAAAUGAGAGGGAAAGGGUAAAUCCUAGAAGCGUCUGAGUGAGACAAGUUGGGGAGGUGAGAGAUGGGAGAUAGAAAGCUGGGUGGAUCCAAAAGGAAGAGCUGAGGUUGAGGCAGAUAAAAAGGAAAAUAAGAAAGUAGGAUCAAAAAAGGAUCAGUAGAACCUGGGCCAAGUUAAGGGAAGAGGCAAGAGAGGGCCCGGCCUUAAGGCCCAAAACCAAACAGGUAGGAUAUCAUGAGAUAUUUUAAAAGGAAUUACAGUCCUGAUUGGUUAGUGCUGGGGCAUAUUCACUAAAACCUGGGCUCUGGAAGCACCAGCCACAGGUUUGGUGUUAGCCAACAGCAGGACAAGGCUGUGUGCCCUGCUGACUCCACCCCAACCCAGAAUCUGGAUUUUUGCAUCACACUCUGCAUUGGUGAAUUGGGAAGAUUUGAUCUAGCUCCAGGCCAACUGUAUCUAGGAUGUGGACCAACUGGAGGUUUUCCAGAGAGCAGAUCCACAGUGAGAAAAGAUUCAUAAGUCAUAUAUAUGAAAAGGUGCCCAGGAAAAUAAAGAAAUUUAACCAAGAGAAGAGAAAUUUAGGGGAUGACAUAAUAGUGAUUUUCAAAUAUUCAUAUAAAAGGAAUUAGACAUUUUCUCUUGUUCCUGGGGGCAAAAGAUACAGAGAAAUAGAUUUAGGCUCAGAACGUUUUAAUAAUAAAAGAUGUCCAAGGCAGGAAUGUACAGAUCCCACUGCCUAAGCCAUCCCUCAUUCUCUCCACUCACCAUGGAGGCUCAGGUAUGUCUGUGGAAACCAGCAACACUGACUCUUGUCCUGGCACUUGUAGUCCUCGCAGAACAGUUGCCACAUCCCACUGGGAAGGAUCCCUGAAGCAACUUUGCACCAAGGAGCUGGCCCACUAUGGAAGGAAAGAAGAUACACUCAUGUACAUGGCAGUGAAGGGAGUGGUUUUCGAUGUCACCUCUGGAAAGGAGUUUAAUAGAAGGUCCUCAGGACUCCAUCAGAGAGGUCUGACCCAGCUGCUUUUGAGUCCCGACUGGAGAAGCGCAUUGAGUUUCAGAAGCAGCCAGUGGGGCACUCCAGGCAAGGUGACUUCAUCAAAUGUGUGGAACAGAAGGCAGAGACCUUGGGGAAACAGUCUAUGAGCAGAGGAUUCACUAAGGACAAGACUCUCAGUUCAAUCUUUAACAUUGAGAUGGUAAAAGACAAAACUGCAGAAGAAAUAAAACAGAUUUGGCAGCAGUAUUUUGCAGCAAAGGAUACAGUCUAUGCAGUUAUUCCUGAAGAGAAGUUUGAUUUGAUCUGGAACCGAGCUCAGUCCUGUCCAACAUUUCUAUGUGCGCUACCAAGAAGGGAAGGCUAUGAGUUCUUCGUAGGACAGUGGUCAAGUACUGAACUCCACUUCACUGCACUUAUAAAUAUUCAGACCCGAGGGGAAGCUGCAGCCAGCCAGCUGAUUUUAUAUCACUACCCUGAACUUAAGGAAGAAAAGGGCAUCGUGCUGAUGACAGCAGAAAUGGAUUCCACAUUUCUUAGCGUUGCUGAGGCACAGUGCAUUGCCAACCAAGUUCAGCUCUUCUAUGCCACUGAUCGGAAGGAGACUUAUGAGUUAGUGGAGACCUUUAACUUCAGACCAAAUGAGUUCAAAUAUAUGUCUGUCAUCGCCGAAUUGGAACAAAGUGGACUUGGAGUGGAACUGAAAUGUGCCCAGAAACAUGAUAAGACUUAGAGCUAUAAGGGUUGGCUCUUUAUAGAGCCUAAUCAACCCUGGAUCAUCUAGAGCUCACUCACUCCCUUAAACUCUCAGGAGGGCAACAUCUGUAAUGAGCAGCCCCUCAUGAGUUACCCUGUGUGCUUAUACAAGAGGUAAUCAUGGAGGUGAGCCCUAUUACUUGAUAUUCAGGAACGAAGGUACCCAAACAUUCUAAUUAUUAUCUCUUAGCAUACUUGAGGUUUCCUUUUUAAGUGUUUGAGAUCAUAACCAGAGAUAGCCAAGGAUCCCCAGGAGGGUUGACUUGAUUUUACACAAUGUAAUGGUUUGUUAAAAGUGCAUUUGCAUUCUGGCCAAUUUGACCACACAGCUCCCAAAUGAUUAGUUCCUCAUCUUUAUAAAUUUGUGACAGGAUAAUAAGGUUGAAGACCUGCUAUAGUUAGAUUUGGGCUUUACAUACCCUUCCCCUGUGCCAGUUGGCUGGCCAAAGACAUAACCCAAAUAUCUUGAUUAGACUCUACAACAACCAAAUAUUGCAGUCAGGGUUAAGACUCCAUCUAGAUGCCCCCCAGAGUUGCCUUUAGUGUAGCUGGUUUGAACUAUCAGUAGAUUUCGGGUAUAGUUAAACCCACAGGUACAGUGCCCACAUAUUUUAAAAUUGUUCGUGGCACCUCUCUUCUAACUCUGCCUUUUAGAAGCUGUGUAUUUGGAGGGAGUGAAUCAUUGCAGUGUAAAUAAAUCAACUUUUUUUGUAAGGAGAGGAUCAAUUUAGAUAUGCAUGUUUUUGUAUGUAUGUAUAUAUAUUUUUAAAUAAUUCUUUAGUCGUGCCAGUAUUAUAUGAAAAAGUAGGUGGAAGAAAAUGUUCCCGGAUUAGAUAUGGAGAAAAUAUAGCAAUAAAAUAAAGUCUGGCUUAUAAUAUUCGUUACACUAAACAGUUACAUCUAAGCUGUGUGCUGUUCGUAGUGUCAGUGCUAUAGGCUGAUUUGAUCAAAACUCUCCUUUGGACUCAGUAGUUGCUUGAAACACCAAAAAUAAGAAAGGAGCUCUCCAGCACUGGAAAAGUCACAUUUGUUUGAUAGUGUCACUGUUGUGGCUCCAAGCUCAGUGACAAAAGAGGGUGGUGGUUACAUACCAGCCUUCUGAACCUGAGGUACCAUAUUUACCCACCCCACCCCUGCUCAUUAUUGUUGUCAGCUGCCUUUGUGAUGCCUUUUCUUGCUCUAACAUGUUCCACUUUGUGUGCUGCUCCUGCCUGAGAUCUGCUUGUAUGACACUGAAUAUGGUGAAUGGGACUGUAAUUAGUAGUUGCAGUUUGUGUGUGUUUUCUUCAUUACGGGUUGGGCCUGUCUCCAAGCUCUUUAAAUGAGAUGAACUUCCCAUUAUUUUCUGAGCUAUGUCUAUUUUGUACUACUGAGUCUGUGUGUAGAAAGAAAGAGAGUGUUUAACCUUCUCUAAAAGUUGAGCUGUUUCCUAAUGCAAAUUCUGUACCUGCCUUUGGUUUUUAACAGUUCAUUUUUUGAGAAACUUGAGUCUGAAUAUUUUGAGUCCCAGGAAUCUUAAGCAUCGGAUGGAGUUGCUUACAUGGGUAUCCAGUUAUGUUUGCUUUUCCCCCAAGAUGGAUCCAGUUCUUAGCCAAAGUACAUUUCAUAACAUCUCUACCAGAAGGUGAGAAAAUGAUAGGAAAAGAUGGCUGCUCAUUUUAUCGUUCCUACCAGCUUUGCCCUGAAUCCCCACUUGCCAAAGAAGGAUGUAUUCAUGGACAGUUACAUUGCAUGUGAGACAUGAUCAAAGCACCAUUCUUUAUAUUUACCUAGCAAGAUCUGGCAAAGAACUAAAAGAAAAAUUGUAACAUGAAUCAGUAAAUUUGUCCCCAUGGUAUUCUAAAAAGUAGAAAGGUUUUAGAGUUAAAUAAAUCUGGGUUCAGAUGUCAGUGUUGUGAUUCAUUAGCUCUAUAAUAUUGAACAAAUUAAACUUCAUCUGUAAAAUGGGGAUAAUAGUAUCUACCUCAUAGGAUUAUUGUGAGAAAUUAACAUACAUAGACUACAAUAGAGCUUAAUAAUGCCAAUUCCUUUCUUCUCUACUUCCCCUGCCUCUCACCAACACAAAUUACCAUUACAGAUGUACAGAUCGUUCUUUAUUCCAGUUGAAAGAGCAAACUUUAUCUUACAAGUUCUCAAACUUUAAGUUGCAGUAGAAUCAAAAUGCAGAUUCCCAAGUCCCAAACCUCAACUUGCUGAAUCAUAAUCUUUGCAGAAAGUGCUGGGAAUCUGCAUUUCAAUAUGUGCUCCAGAUAAUUCAGAUGUAGGUUAUUCACCAGCCACACUUUGAGAACCAUUGCCUUAUGUGUUCUUCACAAAAAACAUCCAUUAGCCAGAUUUCCCUUUCCUGUGGACAUUAACCAUAGAAUUGGACUGCUCUGCCCUUUGCCUCCCCUAGUGGUCCCCUUUGCAUACUCUACAUUGUAUUUAUUUAUUCCCUACUAGACUGUGAGCUCCUUGAGGGCCAGGGUUUAUCUCCAUUCCCAGUGCCAAGGACAUGGCCUGAAACAUAGAAGAUACUCAGUUGUUUGUUGAAUAAAUAAACGAUGAAACAUAGAAGAUACUGAAACAUAGAAGAUACUCAGUUGUUUGUUGAAUAAAUAAACGAUGUGGAUUUCAGCCAAAACAUUA